AUGACUGAAAAUACCAAUGCUAAGGCCUGAAAACUUUUCUAUUUCUGGUACAAAGAAACAUAUGAAACACAUAAAAACGAAAGAAGAAUCACUAAAAUCAUGAAAAUAGAUGAAAGGCAGUUUCUAACUCCCUCCUCCGCGGGUGAGCCAAAAAAUUUUGCUCGCUCACGUAAUAGUUAAUUUGUUUUUAAAAAAUUUUAAUGUUUUUUUCAAAAAAUCCCAAUUCGAAAUGAUUUUAAAGCAGAUAUUAAUUUAAUUUAUAAAAUCUACUUUUAAAACCAAACUAUUUAAAAUUGAACAAGAAUUAGCUAGAGAUUCCAAUAUAAUAACCAUCGCUUAUACAUCAUAAAUAUUUUUUCAUAAAAAAUUAUUUGUUCGUUCACAGAAGGUAAGUUUUUAACAAAAAAUAGCCUUACGGAGGGGGAGUAAGAAGACAAUAUAUGGAUGCAUUUGUUUGGAAUGGGAUUUUUCACUGUGGGAUAUUAUGGGUUCUUUAUUACUGACCCCCCCCUCCGUGAGUGAACAAAAAAAUUUUGUUCACUCACGGAGGGGGUUUAAUUUUUUUUUUAAAAAAAUUUAUAUAUAAAUUUUAUAAAAAAUAUUUUUUUCGAAAAGUAAAAAAAUCCUAAUUCGCAAAAAUUGGAAAGCAAAUAUUAAUUUAAUUUAUAAAAUUUAUGUUUUAAAAAGCAAUUCGUUUAAAAUUAAACAGAAUUAGCUCUAGAUUUCAUUAUACUAAUUAUCAUUUAUAUAUCAAAUUUUUUUUCCAUAAAAAAAAUUUCUAUUAAAAAAAUUUUUGUUCACUUACAGAGGGUGGGUUUUUGGGCAAAAAAUAGCGAUUUUUCUAAUGGUUUUGUUCACUCACGGAGGGGGGGGAGUGAGGAAUUUCUUCAAACCGCUUACAACAAGCAAAAUUUAUACCCUUUCCAAUUCGAUUUGGGUGUAUAUUUGGUGUCCCUUUGCUUUCAGCUUAUCUAUUUUUCCAGUCAGCUUUUUAUAACGAAAAAAUUAUUGAGAUUGCAGAGAGAUACUCAUCAGAAAUAAAAUAA